GUUGUCCAAGGCACUGCAAGAGGAUUCUAAAGCUCGAGUCAAGGUUUUGGGGUCCCUGCUACAUACGGCAGACAUCUCCAAUCCUAUGAAGCCCUGGGACAUCUGCGCCUACUUAGCAGAUCGAUGUUUGGAAGAGUUCUUUGCCCAAGGCGACCAAGAAAAGGAGCUUGGCAUUCCAGUGCAGAUGUUGAACGACCGUGAGAAGGUCAAUCGCUGUACCUCCCAGGUGGGUUUCAUCGAGUUCGUCAUCACACCCUUGGCCGAACAGAUGGUGAUUAUUUUCCCAACAUUGAGUUUUCUGACUCGAAAUUUGAGUCUCAAUGUGGAGUUAUGGGCGGAGCUUUGGAAAAACUCGUUCGAUCCUCCAACGGAGGACUAUGAGAAGCUCAUGGCCCGAGUGAACAAGGUUGUCAGUCGCUGCCGCGCGGCGGGGCCAUGGGAGGAGGAGGCCCCCAUGCGACAGUCUUCGGCACAAAGUCUCUUGUCUGGAUCGGAAUCCGUCGUCACCGAGCAUUGAACAAGCGGAGACGUUGAAUCCCCGUUGAAUCCCCGAACGCCAAAGGCGCGGUGAAGAAAGAGGACCUCAAAAAACCCAGCUGGCAAUAAGAAAUACCAAGUGUUGAUGGACCAACC